AUGAAAAUAUCAUUUUUAUUUCUUUUUAUUUUAAUCAAUUCAAGUCAACAAUGGCUAUCAAUUAUUCAAGUCUCUGAUAUAUCAUUUGCUACACAAGGUCUUUGCCAUGUUAAAUAUGGUCUUAGUUAUAGACAAAUACGUUUUUGUCAAAGAAAUGAAGCACUUAUGCCAUUUAUACGUUUUGGUACAAAUUUAGCAUUAGAAGAAUGUAAAACACAAUUUAAAAAUCGUCAUUGGAAUUGUAGUUUAUUUAAAGAUAAUCAAUUAAUUGGAAAUAUUCUUGAUUCAGGAACAAAAGAAUCAGCAUAUAUUCAUGCAUUAACAUCAGCUGGUAUUGCUUAUGCUAUAACAAAAGCAUGUAGUACAGGACGACUUAGUUCAUGUGGAUGUGAUAUGUCAAUAGAUGAUAAAAAUUUAAAUAAUUCUAUACGAUGGACAGGAUGUUCAGAUAAUGUUUUUUUUGGUACACAAUUAGCUAAAAAAUUUGUUAAUCUUCGAGAACGUAUAACAAAAAAUCGAACAAGUUUAUUAAAUGUUCAUAAUAAUCAAGUUGGAAUUCGAACAAUUCUUGAUUCUGUUGAUCGACAAUGCAAAUGUCAUGGUGUAUCAGGUUCUUGUGAAUUUAAAAUAUGUUGGCGUUCACUUCAUUCAUUUACACAAAUAGCUAAACAACUUAAAGAAUACUAUGAUGAUGCAAUUGAAGUACGUUUACAACGAAGUUUAUUUGAUAAAAAACUACGUUUUAUACCACGUAACCUUCCAUUUCAUAUUGAUAAACAACCAAUAUCAACAGCAUAUAAAAAUGGUUUAAUUUAUUUUAAAUCAAGUCCAAAUUAUUGUGAAAAAAAUUUAUCAUUAGGUUCAUUUGGUACUGUAGGACGUACUUGUAAUCGAAGUUCUCGCGCAAUUGACGGAUGUGAUUUACUUUGCUGUAAUCGUGGUUAUCAAUCUCAAAUAGUGACUGUACAUGAUAAAUGUAAUUGUCGUUUUCAAUGGUGCUGUUAUGUUCAAUGUCAAAAUUGUGUUACUACUCAAGAAAUAAGUCGUUGCUUGUAA